AUGCUUGUCGACAAAUUUCUAAACCAUUGGACGAUUGAAGACGGUACUCCAUGCAGGGAUGUGCUGGAGGAGCACGAUAUCGCCGUAAAUAAUAUUAUCCUGCUCCCCUAUGGAGACUACAGCGUUCAGGGCUUUCACGUUUUAUACCCUAUUAAGGAAGAUACCCCCAAUAUUGGAGUAGCGGCAGCAGCGUGUUGUAUGGACUUGCGUACUGGUAUUCAUAACCGAUUUCGCUUUCAUGUCGAGCGCAUUGCCGACACUAUUAGUGAACACAUCGUGCAGGAAAUGAUUCACUACAACCAGGGUGUACACCUAUUACGACAGCCGUACUGGUUCAAGCCUGAAUACAGCGUCGAGGAGUAUAUUCGUUUUAAGGAAUCUUUACUGCAGCCUAGUGCUUCAAUAUUUGAAAUGCGCUACGCCGCACUUUUUAGCGUGGAAUACGGCCUUAGUGGCUUCCGAAACUUGGUUGAGCUGGAAAAGCUCAAAAUUGCGCAGCAUAAAUAUGAAAAACACUACGAAGACUUCACUGCGCCAGGAAACUGGCUGACGAGUGAUCGCGCGCAGUUGCAGAGCGUGGUCGCGGGCGGUGGAGGCUCCAAUGCUCCGGGCGGGGCUAUGCAUAUUCAAACCAAUGAAGCAACUUCAGUAAAAAAUGCCAUGGAGACCCGCGUAGGUCCGCUCCGGCGAAACUUCGAAAAUUCUAUCCAAAAACAUGGGGAUCGCAUAUUUGCACGAUUUUACCGCAAAAAUUACUAUUAA